AUGUCCUUCAAUUACCAGGGCGCUCAUAUUCACAAUCCAAGUUCUUCGGACGCACUAGGACCGUCUAAUACCUGGUCUUUGUUUGGGAAUGCGUUGUUGGCCAUAGCCCUCUUCAGAUGCUGGCACAUCCUAAUCUUCUUUGGUGCUUGGUCGACUGCUAUCUGCGUGAUCAACUAUAAGGGCCAUGGCUUACUAGCAUUGCAGCCAACUCUUAUCACCGUAUUUGGUACUAUCCUUGGUUUUGUCAUUUCCUACAGGACUACUUCCAGUUUCGAACGUUACAAUGAGGGACGAAGGCUUUGGUCACAGAUUGUGCUUGGAAGCCGUACCUUCGCUCGCACCGUGUGGUUACACGUACCAGACAACGCGUAUCCGAGUGCUCAGGCACUCACAGACCAGCAGAAUGAGGAAUACAAAUCGAAGACUCUGAUCGAGAAGAAAACCGUCGUGAACCUGCUCGAAGCAUUUGCCGUCGCCGUUAAGCAUUAUUUGCGUGGCGAAGACGGCAUCUACUAUGAGGAUCUGUAUUACUUGGUUAAAUUCCUUCCUAAGUAUCCGUUUCCGCCGACAAUCCCUUCCUCCGUCGAUCUCGAUCGGACAAGUAUCACAAGUGAUGGUGUUCCUGCAUCACCACAUUCGGGGCACUUCCAUGGAUCACUCACGAGGAGAACACCGGCUCCGGGUCAACUUCCGCUUCCGGCUACCGCUCCUACACCUUCGCUCCGGGAUGCGACUUUUGCGACGGAAAAGAUACUUCACACCGACGGGCGUCCCCAAAGGGGCGUAAAAUUUUCUACGGCCCCCGUUGACCUAUUCCCUGCUAUGAAUCCUCCCAAGUACUCGCUGCUAGAUUUCUUCCCAUUCUCGUUACUGGUCCGGAUGCUGACUAAGGAUGGGCUGCGUAAGAACGGGGAUGUUGUGAAAGGAAGAAGGGCGGCGAAACGGAGAGCCAUGAUGGGCAGUCAACAUUUGUCCAACAUUCCUCUAGAAAUCUCGUUGUAUUUGGGUUCUUACGUCUCUGCCCUGCAAUCUCGCAAGGUUGUCGAUGCACCAACUACCACUGUUUUACUCGCUACAAUUACCCAGCUUGUAGAUGCUCUAACUGGUCUGGAAAGGAUCCUCACUACCCCAAUACCAUUUUCAUAUUCCAUUCAUUUGUGGCUAGUAACUGUUGUGUAUUGUUUGGCUUUGCCAUUCCAGGUCUGGUUAACGUUGAAAUGGGUCACGAUCCCUGCCACUGUUCUCGCGAGUUUUAUCUUCUUUGGCUUCCUUGUUGCCGGUGAAGAGAUCGAAAAUCCCUUUGGAUAUGACAAAAAUGAUCUGAACAUGGAUCACUUCGUACACAACAUAAUACGCAAGGAACUUCUCGCUAUCAUGGCGAUGCCUGCACCUGACCCUAGUGUGUGGGCGUUCUCCGAGGAGAACGACCUCCUUUUUGCAAGCUUGGAUACAGAGGAACGCGUGUCACCCUCGGAGUGGGUGCAACGGGGUGUGCCAAAGAUGCGAAAUGCGCUUAGAGUGCAAUGA